GCCGGGCUGCUGGACUGGCGGGCGAAGUGGCGCGCGCGGAAGAAGGCCUGGUGCUGCAUCCACCACCACCUGGCCUGCGCCGACGUCCCGCCCGACGUGCUCGCCGCCGCCGGGGCGCCGACCGCGGCCGCCGCCAGCCCGCCCCUCGACGCGGCUGCAGCAGCAGCACCCGGCCCGGGCGCGGCGCUGCCUCCCAGCGCGGCGCCGCGCACCGCCGCCGUGGUCGUCGCCGGCGCCGCCCCGGAGCUGGGCGCCCAGAUCUCGGGGCUGCCUCCCCCCAGCGGGCAGGACGCGGGGGAAGAACGACCCGCCUCGCCGAGGCCCCUCGACGCGGCUGCAGCGGCAGCGCCCGUGCCCCCCAGCGCGGCGCCGCGCAGCACGGCCGUGGCCGUCGCUGGCGCCGCCCCGGAGCUGGGCGCCGUGCCGGAGCUCGGCGAGGCCGGCGCGGCGCCGCCGCCACCAGAGACGGCGCCCCGCCCCGACGAGCCCGGCAUGGUUCAGAUGGUGUUCACGUACACGACGACCACCACCACGCACACCAAGACCAGCACCAUCACCAGUACCACUACAAGUACCACCUCGACCCGUACAACGUCGACCCGUACAACGUCUACUCGCACGACGUCUACUCGCACGACGUCUUCCUCGACGAAGACUUCGUCCACGUCCACAUCGACUCGGACGAUCACCAGGACUCUGACGACCACGACUCUGACGACCACGUCUACGGACCCUUGCCACACCACUAAGCGGGGCGAGCAAUGCUUCGACGAGGUCAUGUGGGCUGCCCUGACAGGUAUCAACAUCCAUCCAGAGUGGUACGAGAACCUCUCCUUCAACUCCUCGUUCGAGGACUUCCAG